UUUAUAUAAUUACUACUCGAAGGUUGGUUGCAUCUUCAGAGAGGAUGGCAAGCGGCGGCGACGACGACGAUGCGUUCAACCUGUUUGGAGCUCCACCAGUGAAGACUACCAUUCCGAGAACUGGCACAUCAGACCAUACCGAGCUCUUCCCAGCAGAAGCUGCAAGCACCACUACCUUCUCAGAUAGUCCGUUUGACCUGUUUCCGUCCAAACCCAUAACUCAACGACGUCAAGAUCUGGAUGAACUCGACGAGCUUUUCUCCACGAAGCGAGAUACCACGUCGUCGUCGCUUCGAUCGCGGCAGUCAUCGUCUUCGACGGAGGACACCGCACUACCUCCUCGAGCUCCAGUACCCGUCCCAGAUGAAUUCAAAAAGGCUGGGAACGCCAUGGACAUUAUCUUUGUGCGGAACGACGAUGGGACUUCCAUCGGAUGCACGCCUUGGCAUGUGGCGUUCAACUACUCGCGGUUCCUUGCGUCUGGCGCUGGCGACCUCGUCGACGUGUAUUGCAACGGCGUCCAGUUGCCGACUCCCAUGUCCAUCGGGGACAAAGGCCGCGUUCUGUUUCGUGCAGGGUCGGAGCAACCAGAUGAACUCACGCUGGCCGCGAUUUCGUCCAUCCUUCCCACAGACUUCCCGCCCCUGUACGCGACGCUUCGGUUCGAGCACCGCAAGCCGUCGACUUCCUCCUCGUCUGUAGUGCGCGUCGUGGAGUGCCGCAUGUUCCUGUGGGACCCCGACGCCGCCGUCGUCGUUGCCGACCUCGACGGCACCAUCACCAUCAACGACGUCGAGGGCCACAUCCGCACCCUCCGCCUCGGCCAGUACGACUUUAUCCACGCGGGGGUUUGCAGUUUCUACGACCGUCUCCAUCGCAUCGGACUCCGGAUCCUGUACCUCACGGCGCGGCCGAUCAACUGGGCGGAUGCUUCGCGGGAGCACUUGGACGCCGCCGAACAAGGCGCGGUCCGUCUGCCCCCCGGCCCACUGCUCACCAACUCGAUGGGACUCACGGGCGCCCUCCUCACCGAGGUUGUGCACAAGACGCCCCAUAUCUUCAAAGCUACCGUGCUCAAGUCGGUGCACAUGGCGUGUAUCUCGGGCGGCCGGACGUCGCCGCGGCCGCUGUUUGUCGCCGGGUUUGGAAACCGAUCCACCGACGUCCAAGCGUACUCGGACGUGGGCAUUCCGUCCAUUUGCCUCCUCGAUCCGUCGUCAAAGCUGCAACCGGCCGCGACGGAGUCGUGUGACCCGUUCGACUCGUACGCUGACCCCCGCGCCAUGCUGUGGCUCCUCCCGCGGCUCUCCGUGCCGCCAUUGCUCGCCGACAAAGUGGACGCGCACCUCGCGGAAAUCAUCGUCGCCACCGACGAGUACGAGGCCCAGCAACGCCAAACGCUCGUCGACAAGAUACAUUAUUAUUGACAGAUCACCCCCCAUCCUCCAACUCAUAUAUCCAAGCUAUUGGUGGUGGUCCAAGGCCGGAAUGCUACGUGUCUGUGCACUCGCCAUGAUCAAUCCAUUGCAAGCCGCCGGACCGAAUGUCCUGUAUCCAUUGAUAUUGGUUAAAAGUGCAUUUUGACCAUGGCAGAUGAACAAGUUAUUGACAUAAAUGACCAUGGCAGAUGAACAACAUAAUGUAGUUUUGCC